CCAAAGUCUGCUUCGUUUCGCUGAGCUCGCAUUCCUCGUCGUCUCCGAUCCUCAUCAAUGGAGCCGGACGUGAGCAUCGAGACAGGCUGCGAGAUCCGCGUUGCCGUGCUCCCCAUUGGCGGCGCCAUCCCUCCGCCGCGCCUCCGUUUGUACCUUUCGAUGCUCUCCUGCCACCGCCGAGUAGAUCUCUCCUCCGUCAGCUCCUUCUAUUCGGAGCACCAGAAGAGCCCGUUCACCCACCAGCCAUGGGAUUCCGGUUCUCUCCGCUUCAAGUUUGUUGUUGGCGGCGCUCCUCCUAGUCCUUGGGAGGAUUUCCAGUCGUGCCGCAAGAUUCUCGCUGUUGUCGGCCUCUGUCACUGCCCCUCAUCGCCAGACCUCUCCUUGGUCGCCGAUCAGUUUUCCGCUGCUUGUAAGCCUUAUACUUCGGCGCUUGUUGAGCGGUGUUUCGCCUUCUGCCCUUCUGAUUCUCAGCUUGAUGAAGGCAAAAGGGUGAGCAAUGUCAUUUUGUUCCCUCCCUCUGAUCGACAAACACAGGAAUUUCACAUGCUAACAAUGGUGCAAGAUCUUGCUGCUUCGUUGUUAAUGGAGUUUGAAAAAUGGGUUCUUCGUGCAGAAUCUGCAGGGACCAUUUUGAAGACACCAUUAGAUUCUCAAUCCAGCCUUAGCUCUGAGGAGGUUAUUAAGGCCAAAAAAAGGAGGCUUGGUCGUGCACAAAAAACAAUAGGUGAUUAUUGUUUGUUGGCUGGAUCUCCAGCAGAUGCCAAUGCACAUUAUAACACUGCAAUAGAGCUAGCCAGGUUGACUGGAGAUGUUUUCUGGCAUGCUGGUGCUCUGGAGGGUAGUGUUUGUGCUUUACUGGUAGAUCGUGCAGGCCAGCAAGAUGCAACUUUAGAAGAGGAAGUCAAGUAUCGUUAUUAUACCGUUAUCCAACUUUAUAGAAGGUCAUAUUUGCAAGACAAUGCUCAAAGAGUUUCAACAGUGAGCUUUGAACUUGAGGCUGCGUUAAAGUUGGCACGAUACCUUUGCCGGCAAGAACUUGCUAAGGAGGUAGUGGAGUUGUUGAUGGGUGCUGCUGAUGGUGCAAAAUCAUUGAUUGAUGCCAGUGAUCGCUUGAUAUUAUAUGUUGAGAUAGCUAGGAUAUAUGGAUCUCUUGGAUAUCAGCGUAAAGCAGCUUUCUUUUCAAGGCAAGUUGCUCAGCUUUAUUUGCAGCAGGACAAUUCGUUUGCUGCUAUAAGUGCUCUGCAAGUUUUGUCCUUGACCUCAAAGGCAUACCAUGUCCAAAGCAGAGGAGCUAGCCAAAAGCAAAUUGGGUCUCACCAUAGUCUUGGACCAAGUCAGGCUGAUGGUGGGAAAAUGCAUCAGCAGUCUAUUGUCUCCUUAUUUGAGUCUCAGUGGAGCACGCUGCAAAUGGUUGUUUUGAGAGAAAUACUAAUGUCAUCUGUCCGUGCUGGAGAUCCUCUUGCUGCAUGGAGUGCAGCAGCUCGUCUACUUAGAUCCUAUUACCCAUUGAUUACACCUGCGGGCCAGAGUGGUCUUGCAAGUUCACUUGUAAAUUCGGCAGAAAGGCUACCAGUAGGAACUAGGUGUGCCGAUGCAGCUCUCCCAUUCAUCAGAUUGCACUCUUUUCCCAUCCAUCCUUCUCAAAUGGACUUAGUGAAGCGCAACCCAGCAAAAGAAGAGUGGUGGGUAGGUUCAGCUCCUUCAGGACCAUUUAUUUACACACCUUUUGGCAAGGGAGGUUCAAAUGAAAGUAACAAGCAGGACCUGACUUGGAUUGUUGGGGAGCCAGUCCAAGUUUUGGUGGAGUUGGCAAAUCCUUGUGGCUUUGAACUGGUGGUUGAGAGCAUUUACCUUUCAGUUCACUCUGGUAAUUUUGAUGCUUUUCCUGUAAGCGUAAAUCUUCCCCCAAACUCAGCCAAGGUGAUCCUGUUAUCUGGUAUUCCUACUAAAGUAGGGCCAGUUUCGAUUCCUGGAUGCAUAGUGCACUGUUUUGGGGUCAUCACUGAACACCUUUUCAAGGAUGUGGAUAACCUGCUCCUUGGAGCAGCACAAGGUUUAGUUCUUUCUGAUCCUUUCAGAAGUUGUGGCUCAGGCAAGUUGAAAAUUGUGUCUGUCCCAAACAUUUCUGUGGUCCCGCCUCUGCCACUGCUUGUUUCUCAUGUUGUUGGGGGUGAUGGUGCUGCAAUCUUAUAUGAAGGUGAAAUUCGUGACAUAACAAUAAGUUUCUCUAAUGCUGGAACAGUGCCAGUUGAACAAGCACAUAUUUCACUUUCUGGAAAAAAUCAAGAUUCUGUCAUUUCUAUUGCACGCGAAAGUUUAAGAUCAGCUCUUCCUCUCAAACCUGGUGCUGAAGUUACUGUUCCAAUCACUAUAAAAGCAUGGCAGCUUAGCAUGGCAGAUUCUGAUCAUGCUACUAACAAGAACAGCUCUGGAGUAAGCAGAAUAUCCAAGGAAGGGAGUAACCCACUAUUGGUUAUUCAUUAUGCCGGGCCAUUGACGUCUGAUGAGUUCCCUGAAAAUGGUGACACUGUUUCCCCAGGAAGGCGUCUAGUUGUUCCCUUGCAUGUAUGUGUCUUGCAAGGUUUGCGCUUUGUGAAGGCUCGCCUGCUCUCUAUGGAAAUUCCUGCUCAUAUUAAUGACUCCCUUUCAAAAAAGGUCACUUCUCCGAAUGCAAUGAAUAGCUUGUUGAAGAUUGACCCAUACAGUGGAAGCUGGGUAUUUCGCCUUCUCGAAAUUGAGUUAUCUAAUCCAACUGAUGUUGUGUUUGAGGUCAAUGUAUCUGUCAAGACGGAUAGUACCAAUAAUGGCAAUGGGGUGACAUCUAUUCAACAUUAUGCUGCUGACAUCGGUUAUCCAAAAACCAGAAUUGAUUGUGACUUUUCUGCACGGGUGCUUAUUCCGUUGGAGCACUUUAAGUUACCUGUACUUGAUGGUUCUUUCCUUGCCAAGGAUUGUCAACCAAAUGAUUUUUUAGGCGGUAAAAUUUCAAAUGCAGCAGAAAGAAACAGCAAGGCUGAGUUGAAUGCUUCUAUUAACAACCUAAUUAAAAAAAUAAAGGUAAGGUGGCAGUCUGGGAGAAAUAGCUCUGGUGAAUUGAAUAUCAAAGAUGCAAUUCAAGCAGCUUUGCAAGCAUCAAUGAUGGAUAUAUUACUACCAGAGCCAUUAACCUUUGUCUUCAAUCUAGCAAAGAAUGGAACUGCAAAUGAAGCUAUUAAUGGCACAAAACAACUUGCUGAGCAAACUAAUGAGUUGGCCAACUCUGUUGAUCAAUGUGCUAGUGGAUCUGCCGUUAGGUUUAAAGGUUCUAUAUCAGCUCAUGAGAUGACUCCUAUGGAAGUCCUCAUUCGCAACAACACAAAAGAACCUAUACAAAUGAGCCUCAGUGUUACUUGUAGAGACGUGGCAGGGGAGAAUUGUACCGAGGGAAGUAAAGCAACAGUAUUAUGGGCUGGUGUUCUUACUGGGAUACAAUUGGAAGUGCUUCCUCUUGAAGAGGUCUCACAUUCAUUCUCACUCUACUUCCUCGUCCCCGGAGAGUACACACUCAUGGGCACUGCCAUCAUAAACGGUGCAACCGAUAUGCUCCGUGCUCGAGCAAGAACAGAUUCAUCAGAUGAAACAAUAUUCUGCAGAGGGUCCCCUUUUCAUAUCAAUGUUGCCGGGGCAGUCUAAUUGCUCUUUUUUUUUUAAAAAUUUUAUUUUUCAGGGUCACAAUUGAGAGAAGUCUAGAAAAUGGUAUUAAUAGCUUUCUCAAUGUUUGUUGUAAAUACUACUAUUGAGAUAUUUUUAUGAGGUUACAAUAUUUGCUAGAGUGUGAGAGUGUGCUAUUUAUUGUUGGUCAUUCAUGAAAUGUCAUAAUCUUUGUUUUGGUUUUCUUUCUCUUCA